UCCUGACGCAAACACUUUGCCACGAUGACGAACGCUCUGCGUUGUUGCAGUUCAAAGCUAGUUUCACUAUAGACAUGUCUGCUUCCCAAGAUCCCUUUGCUUAUCCGAAAGUUGAAUCUUGGGGUAGUCUAGAAAGAAAUCCUCAAAGCAGUAAUUGUUGUUCAUGGGAUGGUGUUGAAUGCAACAACGACUCUGGCCAUGUCAUUAGCCUUGACCUUGCCAGCAGUUAUCUUCAUGGUUCCAUCGAUUCCAAUAGCAGCCUUUUUCAACUUGUUCACUUGCAGAGGCUUGACCUCUCUGACAACAACUUCAGCUACUCUCAAGUACCAUCCAGAUUAGGCCAUGAUCUUACUAGUCUUACAUAUCUCAACCUUUCAAUGUCUUCAUUUUCUGGGCACAUUCCAUCAGAGGUUUCAUUUCUAUCCAAACUGUCUAUGCUUGAUCUGCAUAUGCCAUAUUCUUUGGCUAAUCUGACUCAACUUUUGGUAUUAGACUUGAGCCAGAAUCAAAUAAGUGGUGAAAUCCCAUGUCUUUUGGCAAAUCUGACACAACUUACAAAAUUACGAUUGGGCUACAAUCAAAUAACUGGUGAAAUACCAUCUUGCCUUGUGCAGUUGACUCAAUUAACUUUGUUAGACCUACGAUUCAACAAUAUUCAAGGUGCAAUUCCCAGGUCAGUGUUCCAGCUUAAAAGUCUUGAAUAUAUUUUCCUCAACUCAAAUAACUUGAGUGGAUACCUUGAAUUCGAUGAGAUUUCCAAGCUCCAAAAUUUGAGGGGACUUCGCUUGUCGCUCAACAAGUUAUCAGUGCAGAUCAAAACUGGAUUUAGAGCUAUUCCUCCUAAGCUCAACUUACUGGAACUGAGUUCAUGCAACUUAACAGAGUUUCCAGAAUUUUUGAAAUACACUAGUGAACUGAUGCAUCUUGAUCUAUCUGACAACAAUCUUCGAGGCCAAAUACCAAAAUGGCUGUGGAACUCAACUAGUGAAACUUUGUUGUUUCUCAACCUCUCUCACAACCACUUAACUGGAUAUGAAGAAAAUCCAGUCAUUAUUCCAUGGCAUCGGUUAAGCUCAUUAGUGCUUGACUCUAACAUGUUACGAGGAUCACUGCCAAUACCAGCAUCAUCAAUGGCAGUCUAUUCUGUUUCAAACAAUGAAUAUGCAGGAGAAAUUCCAGAAAAAUUCUGCAACACAGGGACCCUAACUAUUCUUGAUUUGUCUAACAACAAACUGAAGGGCAUGAUUCCAAAAUGUUUUCAGAAUCUCGGGGCUCUUCAGAUAUUGAAACUGAGGAACAAUUCUUUUCACGGGGAUAUUCCUCAAAUAUGUUUAAACACAAGUAUGGAGUUAGCAGCUAUUGACUUGAGUUAUAAUCAGCUACAGGGGAAGCUACCAAGAUCAAUUGCCAGUUGUCCUCAGUUGAUGUUUCUUAAUCUGGGAAAUAAUCAGAUCAUCGAUACCUUUCCAUCUUGGCUAGGAACACUUCAACAGUUAAAAGUUCUGAUUUUGCAGUCGAAUGCAUUUCAUGGCACAAUUGGAAAGCCUGCAAGUAGCCAUGAGUUCCCUGAGCUGUCCAUUGUUGAUUUAUCUAGCAAUGAUUUUUCAGGAAGUCUACCCUCCGACUACAUAGAGAAUUGGAAUGCCAUGAAAUCUGUUGAUGAAAACGAGCAAAUUUACAUCCAAUCCGCUAUCAUCUUCGGGAUGUACCCAGACAUAUUCCACUAUGAUUACCCGAUUACAGUUUUCAGCAAAGGUGUUGAAUUGAAGUAUAUGAAGACCCCUUAUCUUCUAAGACUCAUAGACCUCUCAAGUAACAAAUUUGAAGGAGAGAUUCCUGUUAUCAUUGGGAAUCUAAGAGCGCUUCUUUUGCUCAAUCUUUCCAACAACACUCUCACUGGUCCCAUCCCCUCGUCUUUGUGGAACUUGACUGCUCUUGAAUCGUUGGAUCUCUCCCAAAAUCAGCUCUCAGGAAAGAUCCCCACCAGUCUAGCACAACUGACAUUCCUUUCAUACUUCAAUGUAUCCCACAAUGGUCUUUAUGGUGCAAUCCCACAAAGUCCUCAGUUUGAUACAUUCCAAGAAGAUAUGUACCAAGGAAACCCAGGAUUGUGCGGAAAACCUUUGUCAAAGAAAUGUGGAGAUUCUGAGAGCGCAACACCACAAACAACCCUUGAAGAAGAUGAAGACUCUGGAUUUCAAAUUGAGCUAGAUUGGUUUGUGGUUCUGCCGGGAGUUAUUACUGGUCUUAUAGUUGGAGUGGUUGGGGGAAACUUUUGGACAGCCAAGAAGCAUGACUGGUUUGUAGAUACAUUCAACAGGAGGAGAAGGCUGGCUAAACGCUGUUUCUCUUUUGUACAGACGCAGGCACUUUGCCAUGAUGAUGAGCGCUCUGCCUUGUUGCAAUUCAAAGCUAGUUUCACUAUAGACAAGUCUGCUUCCCAAGAUCCCUUUGCUUUUCCGAAAGUUUCAUCCUGGGGUAGGUUAGCAGGAGAUACUCAAAGGAAUAAUUGUUGUUCAUGGGAUGGUGUUGAAUGCAACGACAACUCUGGCCAUGUUAUUGGGCUUGACCUUGCCAGCAGUUAUCUUCAUGGUUCCAUCAAUUCCAACAGCAGUCUUUUCCAGCUUGUUCACCUGCAGAGCCUUGACCUCUCUGAUAAUAACUUCAGCUUCUCUCAAAUUCCAUCCAGGUUAGGCCAUGCUCUUACUAGUCUAACAUAUCUCAACCUCUCAAUGUCUUCAUUUUCUGGCCAAAUUCCUUCAGAAAUGUCAUAUCUAUCCAACCUAUCUACACUUCAUCUGUCAUCAAAUUCGGCUCCGGAUUUCAAAAUCCCUCCUCUCAAGAUGCCUGACUUCAGAAGUCUAGUUCAGAACUUGACCAACAUAAAACAGCUUCAUCUUUUUGACGUUGAGAUAAGCUCCACUGUACCUAAUACAUUGAUGAAUUUGUCUUCUCUCACAUCUCUCCGUCUUCAUGCAUGUAAAUUGGAAGGGAAAUUCCCAGUAGGCAUUUUCCACCUACCAAACUUGCAAGUACUUGAUUUGUCCGAUAACUAUGAUCUAACCGGUUAUAUUCCUGAUGACCUUAACACCAGCAGCCCUUUGAAGAUACUGAAUUUGCAGGCAACCGAUUUCUCUGGUCGUAUACCAGCUUCAAUUGGAAACCUUCGUGUCUUAAAUUUGUUGAAUAUACGUUCUUGUAACUUUUAUCCCUAUGUUCCAUCUUUCCUUUCCAACCUUACCCAGCUCAAUUUCCUUGAACUUUCUUCCUUUUAUGACUAUAGUUAUCUACCAGACCUUCCAACAAUCCAUACUUUCAGUGACCAAGUUUCAGAUUCCUGGUCUUGGUUUGGAAAGCUAUCCAAACUUAACUACUUGGCCCUUGAUACUACCCACUUAAGGGGGAAUUUGCCAUGUUCUUUGGCUAAUCUCACUCAACUUUUGGUAUUAGACUUGGACCAGAAUGAGAUUACUGGUGAAAUCCCAUGUUGUUUGGCUAAUCUGAAACAACUUGCAAAAUUAAGCUUAGGCCACAAUCAAAUAACUGGUCAAAUCCCAUCAUGCCUUAUGCAGUUGACCCAGUUAACUUUGUUAGACCUACGAUUCAACAAUCUGCAAGGAGAAAUUCCCAGGUCACUUUUUGAGCUAAGAAAUCUUGAACAUAUUUAUCUCCACUCAAAUAACCUGAGUGGGCCUGUUGUAUUGGAUGAGUUUUCCAAGCUCCAAAAGUUGAGGGGACUUCGUUUGUCACUCAACAAGUUUUCUGUGCAGAUCAAAACUGGAUUCAAAGCCAUUUCUCCAAGGCUUAAAGUACUAGGAUUGGGUUCAUGCAACAUAACAGAGUUCCCGGAAUUUUUGAAAUACGCUGGUGAACUGGAGGAUCUGGAUCUAUCUGACAACAAUCUGCAUGGCCAAAUACCAAAGUGGAUGUGGAUUUCAACAGGUGAAACUUUGAGGUUUCUCAACCUCUCUCACAACCACUUAAAUGGAUUUGAAGAAAAUCCGGUCAUUAUUCCAUGGCAAGGGUUAUACUCUUUACAGCUUGACUCUAACAUGUUACAAGGAUCACUGCCCAUUCCAUCGCCAUUGAUAUCAUACUAUUCUGUUUCAAACAAUGAAUAUGCAGGAGAAAUUCCAGCAGCAUUCUGCAACACAUGGCCACUAUGUAUUCUUGACUUGUCUAACAACAACCUGAAUGGCAAGAUUCCACCAUGUUUCGAGAAUCUCAGAUUUUUUCAGUUAUUGAAACUACAGAACAAUUCCUUUCACGGUGCUAUUCCUCAAAUAGGUUUGAAAAGAUGCCUGUGGUUAAGAGGGAUUGACAUGAGUGAUAAUCAGCUACAAGGGAAGCUACCAAGAUCAAUUGCCAAUUGUUCUAAGUUGAUGUAUCUUAAUUUGGGAAAUAAUCAGAUCAGUGAUACUUUCCCAUCUUGGUUAGGAGUGCUUCAACAGUUCAAAGUUCUCAUUUUGCGAUCUAAUGCAUUUCAUGGAAUAAUUGGAAAGCCUACAAGUAGCCAUGAGUUCCCUGAGCUGUCCAUCAUUGAUUUAUCCAGCAAUGAUUUUUCAGGUAUACUGCCCUCCAAUUACAUAGAGAACUGGAUUGCCAUGAAAACUGUUGAUGCGAACCAGCAAGUAUACUUCCAAUCCAUGUUCUUCUUCGGCGGGACGUAUCAAGAAACAUUCUACUAUGAUUACCCGAUUACAGUUUCCAGCAAAGGUGUUAAGUUGAAGUAUAGCAAGACCCCUUAUCUUAUGAGACUCAUAGACUUCUCAAGUAACAGAUUUGCAGGAGAGAUUCCAGGUGUCAUUGGGAACCUAAGAGGGCUUAAUCUGCUUAAUCUUUCCAACAACACUCUCACUGGUCUCAUCCCCUUGUCUUUGGGGAACUUGAGUGCUCUUGAAUCGUUGGAUCUCUCCCAAAAUCAGCUCUCAGGAAAGAUCCCCAGCAAUUUAGCACAACUGACAUUCCUUGCAUUCUUCGAUGUAUCCAACAAUAGUCUCUAUGGUCCUAUCCCAGAAGGUCCACAGUUUGAUACAUUCCAAGAAGAUAUGUACCAAGGGAACUCCGGUUUGUGUGGAAAACUUUUGUCAAAGAAAUGUGAAGAUUCUGAGAGCGGAACACCACAAACAACUAUUGAACAAGAUGAGGACUCUGGGUUUCAAGUUGAGCUUGAUUGGUUCAUGUUUCUGCCAGGAAUUGUUGCUGGUCUAAUAGUUGGAGUGGUUGGAGAAAACUUUUGGACAGCCAAGAAGCAUGAGUGGUUUGUAGAUACAUUCAGCAGGAGGAGAAGGCAGGCUAAACGUAGACAACGGAGGAGGGAACAGAGACCUUGGUCAUAUUAA